AUGAACUCCGUGGAGAUGCAGGUUCGGCCAGGGGAUCAGAUCCAAUACUGGCCUUUCUCAGCCUCAGAUUUGUAUAAUUGGAAGACUCAUAACCCUUCUUUUUCUCAGGACCCUCAGGCUUUAACUGCUUUAAUUGAGUCUAUUCUUCUUACCCACCAACCCACUUGGGAAGAUUGCCAACAACUUCUCCAGGCACUCCUAACCACAGAGGAGAGACAGCGAGUCAUCCUGGAAGCCCAGAAAAACGUCCCCGGGGAGGAUGGGAGACCCACUUUGCUCCCAACCAACUGGGACCCUGAAACCGUGGCAGGUAGGGAGCGCCUCCGUCUUUAUCACCAGACUCUUUUAGCGGGUCUCAAAGGGGCCAGAAGGUGCCCAACCAAUUUGGCAAAGGUACGUGCUAUAACCCAGGGAGAAAAUGAAACCCCCGCAGGGUUUCUAGAGCGCCUCAUAGAGGGAUAUAGGAUGUACACCCCUUUUGAUCCCACAGCUCAGGAGCGUCAGGCAGACCUUAUUAUGGCCUUCAUAGGGCAAUCUGCUCCUGACAUUCAUGGCAAGCUUCAAAGGCUAGAAGGCCUUCAUGGGUACUCCUUACAGGAUUUAAUAAGAGAAGCUGAGAAAAUUUACAAUAAACGUGAGACAUUAGAAGAGAGAGAGGAUAGAACUAGAAAAGAACAGGAAGCCAGAGAAGAUAAGAGAGAGAAGAAGAGAAAUAAAGAGUUGAGUCGAAUUUUGGCCACAGUAGUUCAGGGAACAGGACCAGGUAGGGACCUGGGAGACAAAAGAAGACCCUGAGUGGACAAAGAUCAAUGUGCUUACUGCAAGGAGAGAGGACAUUGGGCUCGAGAAUGCCCAAAGAAGCUAAAUAGACUCCAAAAGAAGACAACCCUAUUCCUGUUGGUCCCUGACUGCCCCUAUCCCCUUCUUGGGAGAGAUUUACUCUCUAAGCUGGGAGCCCACAUCUACUUCACUAAAAAGAGAGCUACUCUAAAAAAUAAUAAAGCUCCACUACAGGUAUUAACCCUACAAUUAGAAGAUAAACAUCGGUUAUAUGAAGAACCAAUAACAGGGACUCCUGGUAUAUCUGAUUGGCUAAUUAAAUUCCCCUCAGCAUGGGCUGAGACAGGAGGCCCGGGACUGGCAUCCAACCAACCUCCAAUAAUGGUCACUCUAAGACCAUCUGUAACCCCGGUUUCAAUCAAGCAAUACCCUAUGAGCAGAGAGGCUCGAGAGGAAAUUAGACCCCACAUUCAAAGACUCUUACAAAUAGGCGUACUCUGCCCCUGUCAGUCACCUUGGAACACCCCACUGCUCCCCGUAAGAAAGCCAGGAACAAAUGACUACCGACCAGUCCAAGACUUAAGAGAAGUCAAUCGGAGAAUAGAGGAUAUAUAUCCCACUGUUCCAAAUCCUUACAAUCUCCUGAGUACCUUGCCUCCCAGUCACAGGUGGUAUACUGUUCUUGACCUGAAGGAUGCAUUUUUCUGUCUAAAAUUGAGCCUGGCUAGGCAGCCCAUUUUCGCUUUUGAAUGGAAAGACCCUGAAGCCAGAAUAUCGGGGCAACUAACCUGGACACGACUUCCCCAAGGGUUCAAGAAUCCCCCUACUCUGUUUGAUGAAGCUCUACACCAUGAUCUGGCUGACUUUCAGGUAAGAAACCCACAGAUUAUGCUUCUUCAAUAUGUGGAUGACCUCCUCUUAGCAGCAGAGACAGAAGCUGGCUGUCUGCAAGGUAUGGAGGCUUUCCUACUGAGACUGGGGAAACUUGGAUACCGGGCCUCAGCAAAGAAAGCCCAGAUCUGCCUACAGCAGGUGAACUAUUUGGGCUAUAGGUUGGAGGGAGGGCAACGUUGGCUGACAGAAAGCAGGAAACAGACAGUAGCCUCUAUCCCCCCACCAACCUCAGCCAGAGGACUCAGAGAGUUCUUGGGAAGUGCAGGAUUCUGUAGAUUAUGGAUACCGGGUUUCGCUGAAAUAGCGGUUCCUCUAUAUCCCUUGACAAAGAAUGGGACUCCUUUUGUCUGGACUGAAGAACACCAGAGAGCCUUUGACAAAAUAAAAAGAGCACUGCUGACGGCUCCAGCUUUAGGAUUACCAGACUUGACAAAACCUUUCAUCUUAUAUAUAGAUAAAAAUAAAGAGAUGGCAAAAGGAGUUCUUACUCAGACUUUGGGACCCUGGAAAAGGCCAGUAGCUUAUCUCUCAAAGAAACUGGACAAUGUGGCCACUGGCUGGCCCCCAUGCUUGAGAAUCAUGGCGGUAAUAGCAUCCCUGGUUAAAGACUCAGACAAACUCACUAUGGGCCCACCUUUAACUGUUAUCACACCCCAUGCAGUGGAGUCCAUCAUCAGACAGCCUCCUGACAGAUGGUUGUCAAAUGCCAGGGUGACCCAUUAUCAGGCACUACUAUUAAAUCCAGAAAAGAUCAAGUUUGGUAGCCUUGCCACCCUGAACCCUGCCACGCUGCUACCAGCCACCAAGAAAGGCACUGAGAUUCCCCAUGACUGCCAGCAAAUACUUGCAGAGACACAUGGGACCAGGGAAGACCUCACUGACCAGCCCCUAACAGAUGCAGAUGCCACUUGGUAUACGGAUGGGAGCAGCUUUCUACGAGACGGUGAGCAUAAGGCGGGGGUGGCGGUGGUUGAUGGGGAAAGAAUAAUCUGGGCCCAAGCCCUGCCAGCCGGAACAUCAGCCCAGCGAGCUGAAUUAGAAGCCCUAACUCAGGCCCUAAAAUUAGCAAAGGGCAAAAAGGUCAACAUUUAUACUGACAGCCGCUAUGCAUUUGCCACUGCCCACAUACAUGGGGAAAUUUAUCGGAGGCGGGGACUCCUCACCUCGGCUGGUAAGGACAUCAAAAACAAAGAAGCGAUAGUGGCCCUUUUACCAGCCUUGUACUUGCCAAAACAGGUCAGCAUAAUUCACUGCCCUGGGCAUCAACGAGACCAGGGGCCGAUUGCUCGAGGCAAUCGGAUGGCAGAUGAAGCUGCACGUCAGGCAGCAGAAGGCACCUGCAUUUUCUACACCCAUUCGGACCUGGAGGCUGAAAUUGAAGCACAAACAAAGGAGGGAGAUGCUCCUUUCACCUACACUGAGCAGGAUCUGGAACUCGUUCGAAGGCUCAACGCUACUUUGGACCCAGAAUCUAAAAUGUGGAAAUAUCAGGAUCGAAUCAUACUGCCCCGAAAGGAGGCCCUUGAGUUAAUCUCCCAACUCCACCAGUGGACACACUUAGGAUACAAGAAACUAAAGACACUGUUAGGAAGAGAAGAACAAAUUUAUUAUUUCCCAGGCCUCAAUCAACUAGUCCAAAAGGUAGUGGGAGAUUGUGUCUCAUGUUCCCUGGUGAAUGCUACCAGGUCAAAGGUCCCAUCUGGUAAGAGAGAAAGAAGAACAUGACCAGGGACUGAGAAGUAGAUUUUACUGAGGUACUCCCAGGAAAAAUAUGAAUAUAAAUACCUUUUAGUGUUUAUAGACACUUUUUCAGGGUGGGUUGAAGCUUUCCCCACCAGAAAGGAAACAGCUCAGACUGUGGUGAAGAAGCUGAUUGAAGAAAUCUUCCCUCGAUUUGGACUGCCCAAGGUAAUUGGGUCUGAUAAUGGCCCAGCUUUUGUCUCCCAGGUAAGUCAGGGAGUGGCCAAAACAUUGGGGAUUAAUUAGAAAUUACAUUGUGCUUACAGACCCCAAAGUUCAGGACAUGUAGAAAAAAUAAAUAAAACUAUUAAAGAGACCUUAAUUAAAUUAGCUCUAGAGACUGUCACUAAAGACUGGGUGCAGCUCCUACCUCUAGCCUUAUUUCAGGCUGGAAACAGUCCUGCUAUACAUGGCUACCCCUAUGAAAUCCUUUUUGGAGGACCACCCCCUGUACUCGAUGUAACCUUGUCCCCCUUGCCCUCUUCUUUUGAUAACCCCAGCUUAAAAACAAGGCUCCAAGCCCUCCAGAUCAUCCAGAACCAGGUUUGGAGGCCCUUGGCUGCAGUUUAUGGCAACGUGAAAACCCUUGAACCACGGUAGAAAGGACCCUACACAGUUCUCCUGACUACUCCUACGGCCCUCAAAGUGGACGGAAUCUCAGCUUGGAUUCACACUUCCCACGUCAAGAGAGCUCCGACUCAGGAGGACACUGGAAAAUGGCAUCUACACAGAACAUCCAACCCUCUAAAAAUAAGACUCUCCAGAAAUUCCUAAUAAUUCUAUUUGUUUAUAGGCUUGUCCCCAGUUAUGGAAGUCCCCAUCUCCCUGUGCUGACCACCUGGUGGGUAAUUAACCAAAUGGGUAUUGUAGUGUUUGAAACCCACAAGAUGGCACCAAAGGGCACUUGGUGGCC